AAACUAAGUGCGAUUGUGAGUUGGACAAAUCCACGUCAUCACCAUCAUGCGGCGACUGGAGCUGACGGCGUUGGCUCUUCUGUUGGUGACCUCGUGUCUGCUGGUCAGCGCCAACGAAGACGACGAUGACCUGCUGGACGACAAUGCCAGCGAAGACUUUGACGAGGACGAUGAAAAUCUGCUGAGACAAAUCGAAGCCCAGCACGUGCAACGCCAGUUCGACAAGGAAGAUCAAAUGGCCCGGGAACUGGCGGCCAAGAUCGCUGCGGAACAUUACAACUUCCCGGAAGACGUUCAGACCCUGCCGCGACUGGCCGAUCCAUGCAAGGGCGUUCGCUGUGGCGCGGGACGCAUCUGCCAGGCCGAGGGCAAUGAUGCCAAGUGUAUCUGCAUUCCCGAGUGUCCGGAGGAACCGGAUUCCAGAAGGAAGGUUUGCACCAAUUUCAACGAAACAUGGGACUCGGCUUGCGAGGUCCACAGGCAGCGGUGUCUGUGCAACACGGACGAUCCACGUUGCCGCGGGGAUGAAGUCAAGCACGUUCACAUUGACUACUACGGCCAGUGCCGGGAUAUGCCGGACUGCUCCGAGAACGAUCUGGCCGACUUCCCGCGUCGCAUGCGCGACUGGCUGUUCAACGUGAUGCGUGACUUGGCCGUGCGCAAUGAACUGCCGGAAGCGUACAUGGAGCUGGAACAGGAAGCCGAAACCAAUCUGACCAAGCGGUGGACGAAUGCCGCCAUCUGGAAGUGGUGCGAUUUGGAUGGACAUCCGAACGAUAAUUCCGUAUCGCGACAUGAGCUGUUCCCGAUCCGGGCACCACUGAUGACGCUGGAGCAUUGCAUUGCUCCGUUCCUGGAAGCAUGCGACCCGAACGGAGACCACAGGAUCACUCUGCAAGAGUGGGGCAAUUGCUUGGAGCUGGAAGAGGAUGACCUCACUGCUCGGUGUGCCACAAUCAACAAGGAGGACGAGUUCGAAAAGAUUGAACUCGAAAUGGCGGAUUCCAACUGAAAGCAGUGGAUAGUUUAGUAGGAUACGGUUAGGCUUACUAUCAACGAUUUUAACGUACUUCUAUGUGCCAUUUUAGUUACGCUCAAUCUAGAUAUCUAGCACAAACGAUGAUUCCGAAUACACUCUUAACCUACUUUGUAAGUAUCUAUUCAACUCAGUUCUCGAAGUGCGCGUGUCCUGUCUAGCGUUAAUUGAGUAGAAUCAUUAGCUGUAGAUAAGCUGAAUGUAUAAUUGGAAAAUUUCUUUAAGAUUUAUCACAACUUCUGUGCUGUAGCAGUUAACAAAUAAA